GUAACACCAAGAGGCGUAUAUAAAUACGGGGGAAGGUCUCCUAACAACAUUCGUGAUUUCAACUUCGACCUGACACCACACAUACCGAUAUGAAACUGAUCCUGAUCUCCGCUUUCUUCGGCAUCGCCGCCGCUGGCUACGCCGCAAGCUACCCUGAACAAUCCAACAGGCCCCAGGCAUCCUUCGAGAAGACCGCCAGAAUCCUCGCCCUGGACUCAGACGUGAAAGAAGACUCCUUCAGAUAUAACUAUGAAACUGAAAAUGGUAUUAAAGCCGAGGAGCAAGGACACGAGGCUGACGGUAUCGAGGCUCAGGGCGGCUUCCAGUACACCGGUGAUGAUGGCCAGAUCUAUUCCAUCAGCUACGCAGCUGGCCAGGGUGGAUUCCAACCACAAGGUGCCCACCUUCCCACCGCUCCCCCUACUCCUGAGGCUAUCUUGAAGGCUUUGGAACAGAACGCUCGUGAUGAGGCUGCUGGUAUCAUUGAUGAUGGUCAGUACAAUCCUGGCAAAUACGGUGAUGCCGGUGCUGGAGCUGGCCAACAGCAAUACGCGAGAGCGCAGGCCUCCGCUGGUUACAGACAACCUUACAAAUACUAAAUACCUUGUUAAUAUACCAAUAUUUAGGCUUAAACAUAUUAAUCACAAAAUAAUAGAAUAAUAAAACUAUCGGUCAUCGCCUUAAAGACGCACACAAAGAAAACUUUGCUCUAAUUUGUAAAUAAAUCGUGUCGUGUUAAUGACACACUACUGUUGUGAUAGUACAAUUGGUUGACAAGUUUCACUUUGUUAAGGCGAUGUUUUAUGUUUUUAUUAUUUGUGGUAUAUAUUGUACUAUUUCUCCAUGAAUAAACUCGGAUUUGUGUUGUUAAAAAUGUAAAGUAUUAUAAUAUUUUAAUGAAAGAAUCUGCAUGAUAUAUAGAUAGAGAACAAGAAAAAAUAAAUUCGUAAUUUUUUUGUUUUGUAUUUAUACAUAGAUGCAGUGAUUUGUAAAUUUUUAACAAUAUAAUGUGUUAAGGAAACAUUUAAAUGAUUUAAAUUAGAGCUAUUGAAAUUAUGUUAUUACAGCAAUAGGGAUUUUUUUUAUUUCUAUUUGCAAUGAACUCAGAUCUCUAUGUGUUCUUAUUUGUAUUGCAGUAUUGUGAUGGUUUCUUAUUUGUUUAAUAGUUACAAGAGAAUAGUAAAUAUCGUUGAAAGAUGAUUACAGAAUUUGAUAUGAAAUAAGUGUUAGUAGGUACCGAAUAUAUAUUUUUUUAUAUUGUUAUAGUUGUAACCAGUGGAAAUGUAUUGAGAGAUGGAACUACCUAUUUAUUCUUUUAAUAAAACAUGUCAAUAAUUUUACAAAA